CAUGCUACAUUGCAAGUUGAUACACCCAAAUUCCCAUUGCGCCAUGGCGAAUCUGAUUUUGUUUUCUGUUAUUACUCUAUUUCUCCUCAGUUUCUGCUGCGGAUGUAUUGAGAAGGAAGCCCAUGCUCUUCUUCUCUUCAAAGCUGGUCUAAGUCACUCUGCAGAUUUACUGAGUUCAUGGGAGAAGGGAACAAAUUGCUGCCUCUGGGACGGCAUUUCCUGUGAUGAAACCUCUCAUCACAUAGUUGGUGUUGAUAUUGCAGGAUUUUCCCUCUCAGCUGAAAUGGAGGGCGUCAUAUCUGAGAGCUUGUGCACCCUGACUUCUGCUGCAACCAUAAGCCUAACUGGAAUGGGAUUAACAGGUGGUUAGUCCUCCAGAUGUUGGCUCAAGCAAUUGGUUUCACAACUCUCAUGAGAUAUCUUUAUGUUUUCACAUUCUGUAAUUAUGUAUAUUGCUAGUUUAUCCAACUUGGGGGUGGUGGGUGGUCUUGUCUUCUCUGGGAAAACUUUGCCUUUAGG